AUGCCGACAUUUGAAGAGAAGAAAUGCCGACACAGGAUGGAGGAACCACCAUAUGCACACACCAAUAUAUUUCAAGUGAUGGCAAGCAGUGACGCCGGCGGGGCGAUCAUCUUCCGGGUUGAGCCGGAGGGUUCACCAUUUGAUGGCAAGGACUACAGCUUCGACGUCGUCGCCAGCGACCGGAAUGGAGGGGAGUCGCGCCUUCCCUGUACCGUCGAAAUCGGAGCGCCAACGCAAGCCGUCCGCACCCUCGAAAAAGAAAUUGUCAUUCGAGUGCCGGAGGAUCGACCGCUUGGAUAUUUGGAUACGAAAAUCCACGUGAAAUCCACUGAAAGCUACUCUCCCGCUCCGCUGGUUCGCGACGUCUUUACCGUAUGGCAAAACGGGAAGAUCGAGUUGACAAAGGCGCUCAACUACGAGAGACAACGUGAACACUCCACUAUUGUCGUCUUGCAGGGUCACCGUACCGAGCGUGAAGUACUUGUCCGUCUCGUCGUCGAGGAUGUUGAUGAGCAACCCUCCUUCAUCAAUGGCCCAAAGCCAUAUCUGGCUGUUGUCCCACUCGAACGGCCGGUCGGAUUCCAUAUCUAUAAGUUCGACGCCCGGGACGAGUUCGGGGACGGCGAUUCCGACGUCGAGUACAAGCUGAUCAACACCGAACCCCCCGACGCCUUUACGGUGGACGAAAAAACCGGCGUGGUUCGUACGGGCCAGAAGAAGUACGACGAGGGCAAGACGUACAGGGCCUAUCUACAGGCCGUCGACAGAACUCCAAGGAGGGCAAAUGAGACACAGGUGUCCGAGGUGGCCGUGCUGGAAGUACUUGCCGGCGACCGCCCGCCACAAUUUGCCAAGCCACAGUAUGCCGUGUCGUUGGCAGAGGAUGCGCAGAUCGACUAUAGCGUUGUCGACACGGGUAUUGUGCACCUCCGGAAAUUGCUCGACCACGACGACCCGGCACAGCCAAGGGAACAUCGGUUGAUUGUAGCCGCCCAAGAAGACGGAAAAGAAUCCACCGUACCCCUCGAUAUCCGAAUCACCGACGUCAACGACAAUUCCCCCGUUUUUAGUCGUCCCCUGUACACAGCCCAGGUCAAGGAAGACAUCCCAGCCGGAACUGUCAUUUUGAAAGUUCGCGCUGAGGACAAGGAUUCGGAGGCAAACGCCAAGAUUCGAUUCCACAUUGAUGAUGGGAAUUUCAUAAUAAAUGAUGAGGGGGGAGAUAUCGCCAAAGACGCCGAUCAGCACAAAGAGCGCUUCUUCAUCUACCGUUUCGAGGUGACGGCUGAGGAUUCUGGCAGUGCGCCCAGAAAAUCGGCCGCUACGGUGCACAUCCGUACGGAGAAUACAAAUGACGAGGCGCCAAUCUUCCUGCCGACCUCUCAAUAUACGGCAUGGGUAGCUGAAGAUGCCGAAGGAGGGACACCCGUCGUGCAAAUACAGGCCCGUGACCCAGACCGGGACCAGGUGGAGUACGCGCUUGUACGUGAUGACGGUGAUGAGGUGCUAGAGACGAGACUUUUCCAUAUUGAUCGGGAUACCGGUCUCAUCAAGCUUCGUUCGGGCGUGCGAGCAGAAGAUCUCCUCCUCGAGCCAUCCCCUCACAAUCUGACGAUCCGUGCAAAGGAUGAUGGCAGUUGUUGUGAUGGGGCGAGUCCGACUCAUAUCGCCAUGGCCACUGUACUUAUUGGAAUCGAAGACGUCAACAACAAUAAACCGGAAUUCCGGGACUGCGAGCGAUACAGUAAGGUGGCCAAGAUCAAGGAGGGCGUCUAUAAGAAGCAUCCGCCAACCGUCAUCAAGGUCGAGGCUGUCGACGAGGAUUCUUCGGCUAAUGGCCAAAUCUUCUACUCGCUCUACUACGCUCAAUCUGAAUCGAGAAAGCCGUUCAUCAUCGACAAACAGACCGGCGAGUUGAAGCCGUCACCCCAUGUCAUUUUCGACCGAGAGACAAGGCCUAGGGAGGAGGCAACCGACCGCGGCGAGCGUCCCCUGAUUGGUUUCUGUCAAUUCACGGUGGAUGUCGUUGACGUGAAUGAUAAUUCUCCACAAUUCGAUCGGGCAUCUUAUGAGACUUCUGUUAGCAGGAGUGAGGCUAUCGGAACGUCCGUGGUUACGGUAUUCGCGUAUGAUCAAGACGCUCCUCACAACGCCCGCAUCACCUACCAUCUCGCCGCCGAUCCGACGGCCGGACCUGAGUUUUUAAAAGACAUCAGCUACUUCGAGCUGUUGAACGUCAACUCGGGCGAGGUGACCCUCGUCCGCCCCAUCCCGCGUGAUCAUCACAAGGAUCGCUUCCAGUUCAAUGUGAUCGCCACCGACAACGGCGUGCCCGAACCACAGAAUUCCACCGUACAGGUGACGAUCAAAAUCCACGAAAAAGCGCAGCACGCGCCGCGCUGGCAGUCGAGUCCGGAUUGUCGCGAUGUGGUGACGGUGGCCGAGAAUAGCGUGCUUAACAAAGUGUUGCUACGCUGUCACGCCGUUGCCGGCGACGGAUCGGGCAGUUCGAUUGUGUACAAGCUGACCGCCACCGAUCCGUCACGCGGCGUCAAAGCCGACGCGAAGUUUAGGCAGUUCAGCCGGAUUGAGGAUGGGCGGGAGUGGGUAGAGGUGGCCAUCAUGGAGACGCUGGACUACGAGCAGGCCCAUAAUUACACCCUCACCCUCACCGCUACGGACGUCAACUCGCAAGUGUCGACGUCCCGUUCGCUGGCCGUACUCGUCGAAGACGCGAACGACGGUGUGCCCCAGUUCACCGUCGAUCUGUUCACGGGAACUGUCGACGAGGAGCUGACACCGGCCGAGUACUUGGACAAGUAUGAGCAUCGGCCGAUCACGGUUCACUACCGCAUCCUGGACGUGCCGGAUGCGUCGGCGUCUCGGCUGUUCCGUAUCGACGAGGUCACCGGCGAGGUCUUCCCCAACGCAAAAUUCGAUCGCGAGCAAAAGGACAUGUACAUUUUGACGGUCGAGGCGCGGGACAACGCUCCAUCCAGUCUGCCCGGGGUUUCCGGUCCGAAUAAGGACAACGUGAAAGUGCAAAUCGUUAUUGGCGACGUCAACGACAACGCGCCGACGUUUGACGAGCCGAAAUACACCGGCAGGGUGCUCGAAAACGCGGAGCCCGGCCACGAUCAUCACCGUCAAGGCGCGCACGACCUCGACAAGCACUCAAACCUGCGCUAUGAUCUGACGGGUGCGUUUGGAGGGCGUAUCCUCUUCGGCGUGCGCACAGACAGUGGGGCCAUUUUUGUCAAGGAGCCGCUCGACUACGAGACUGAAAGCGUGUACCAGCUGCGUCUGGUCGUGUCCGACGGAAAGCACAACACAUCGACGAGUGUCCAGAUUGUCGUUGAUGAUGUCAAUGACAAUGCGCCUGUAUUUGAUGAACCGGCGUAUAAUACUACCGUACUCGAACAGGAUGCCGAUGUGCCAAAGAUACUGUUCCGUGUUAGGGCUACUGACGCUGAUAAGGUACGCACGUCGGAAAUUCUAGAGAUCCUCCCCCAAGGCGUGCCGGCCUGGAAAUUCAUCGUGCAAGCUGUAGAUGACGAUGGCCGAGGCCUAAUUGGCUAUGCUGACGUCCAGGUGAAAGUGAAGGACAUCAACGACAACGCGCCCAUAUUCCCCGAAAAUCUUCUUGGCACUGUCGAGGAGAAUCGAGUUCCACCUUCGAAUGACGGUGUCUAUAUCAUGGAUGCGAGGGCAAAGGAUUUUGACGAUGCGGCCACCGAGAAUGCACGAUUGGAAUAUUCAAUUUCAGUGAAUAAGAAUAGAUGGAGAACCUGUAUUUCGUAUAGAUCCGACUACCGGAAGAUAUUUGCCAUGCGUCGUCUCGAUCGCGAACUGCCCUCAGAACGUCUCUUCGUCAUCCGCGUCCGGGCCGUCGACAAUGGAAGGCCACAGAUGGAAAGUGACAACGUGUUCACGUACAGUCUCGUAGAUGAGGGCAAUCCCUUCUUC